UCGGAUAGUAAGUACUUCCGCACUUGAGAUAUAGAGAGCUGACGACUCCUAGACGAGAUUGUAGAUAAAAAUCCACAUUUUAUUGCCUGUUGAGGUUGAGAAAAACAAUUUACUUGUUCGAAAAUGGCAGAUGCUGUUUGGGCAGCUCAAAAUGGAGAUGUUAGCAAGCUCCAAGAAUUACAGUUUGACGCGAAUGAGAAAAUCAAGGGGAGAACGUUACUUCAUGUGGCAGCAGACUAUGGCCAGGCAGAGGUCAUUGAGUACUUAGUGGAACAAAAGCAGGCGGACAUUAACGCAAUAGAUAAUAACAAACUCACAGUCUUGUUAACAGCUAUCUACGGCAGUGAAGGGCAAGAACGGUUCAAAAACUGUAUAAAGUACCUCAUAAAGAAGGGCGCUGACAAAUCCGGCAAUGCACCCAACGGCUCAUCGUACAUCGAUUCCACAGACGAUCCCGAAAUCAAGAAGCUUCUCGCAUGAGAAUCAACCAUCCAAAGACCCCCCUUCAUGUUGUAGUCUCUUAGGCCCUUUUUGCGUCGACCAGGUAACAUCUGUGAGUACACACGACGAGUGUGAGAAUCUAGAAAAACACACUUUUUGUGUGAUAAGUAGUAAUUGCCUUUUAGCCCUGUACUACCCCUACAAGAGAUUAGUAUGUUUUGGAAAGUGAUAAAUGUCUCUUACGCCAUUUUUUCUACGACAGGGUUCCAUAUGUAGGGACAGUGACAUGCAUUGUAUUAAAGCCUUUUUGGCUCUAGCUUUUACGAAUGCUGAUUUAUUUUUCCAAUGUAAUAUACAGCCCCUGUACUCUUUAUUUGUUAUUCCUAUGUUCCAUUUAUUGACUCGUAUUAAGUGAUAAAAAGGAGGUCUUAAAUUAACACUGAGGGUAAAAUAUGCAUACCCGGUACACAGGAAAAAAGAGAUUUACUGAAUUUACUUUUUUUCUCCUGCUUGUAAAUGGCUCAUGUAAGUGCUUUAUAAUGUGCACUUUUCAAAAAGAACUGCAAUGUUUUUCUAUAAACUGCAUGUAGUCCUUGCUUUAAUGUGGAUAUGUUAGAUGUCAAAAUGAGAUGGCUAUCUAUUUGAAUUUCAAAAUCAUGUUGCAAAUUUAUCUUCUGCAUAUUUACUUACCAAAUUCAUUAUUAUUAAAUGUAUUGUUACCGUAAAACAAAUCAUCGGCAGAGUUUAUGUAAAUUUAUUGUAUUUUCAUAUGUAUUGAAAGAAAAAUCAUGUUGCUAAUCCAAUGUUUAAUUUGCUUUCUAAAUAUUUUGCAUGAUUGUUUUCCUUUAGAAAAGAAAAAUGUAAAUGCAAGUUGCUUUUUUAAUUUUGGAAUUUAAUCAUGAAGUGUAUGAUUAUGGAUUAAAAGUUGAGUUUUAGAUAAAUGCUGGCGAUUAGCAAAAAACCCCAAAGAUGUCUGUUCAUGUGAAAUCAUGUGUUUUGUAUCGGCCUUUCUAUGAUGAUAUGUGAGGCAUGUGGCCCAUUUUUGUCUCAUUUUUCGGAUUCUAUGCUAUCAUGUUUUUAAUCAUCAAUUAUCUGUCUCUCCCUCUUUCUCUCUAUCCCUCUCUUACGUUGAUACCCCCCCCCCCCCCACAUUUGUAAUGGUUUGGACAAUCAUUCAGUUAAUUUUUGACAUUAUCGUCAUCUUAUUUUAUUUUUUUCUCAAGCAUGUGUCCUUCCAUUCCCUUUUAUAUAAUUAUAACCUAAUUUUCACCCGAUUUAUUAAAUGCACUUUGCAAGAUUGUAAUUGAUUAUAUCACUCAAGACUUUUCUAUGUGUUAAACUUGGACAUGCAUGCACUUUGUACCUUAGUUAAUGCCACAUUUAGGAUCAUGCGCAUAUAUGAUUGUAUUGGCAUUGUAGGUUAGUAUUUUUAAUCAUAAUCUUAUAGUUUAUUCACUUGGGCAAUAUUUAGUUAUUUCAUCAUGUACACAUUAUUGUUUAGUUUUUGUACUGCUUUCCUUUUUCAUUUGAAAGUUAAAAAAUGAUUUCAUCUCUAAAGAAAGAUAUUUUGGUUAUGUUUAUUUAGUGUCAUAUAUGUAGUGUCUGCAAAAGUACAACUAAUCAUGAUACAUGUACUUGUAAAUUUUAUCUAAGAAUAUUUGAUUUGUUAAGUGAAGGAGUAAGACAAUUAAUUCUAGCAUUCAAAAUCUCAAUAUUCAAGUCUCUUACAAAGCAAGAGGGGAACAGUAAGUCAAUUAGUUUUAAGAAUGAAAAAAUAUAGCUCAUCAAAAAACAAUGUACUGUACAGUAUAUGAUGUAACUAUGAAACUUUUUCAAGCCUGUAGCCCAUCCGACGCAUAGCUCAAUCUAAUUGAGAGUAUUUCUACAAUUUGUUUUACAAAAUUUGGCAACAUGCUUUUCUCUCACUGUCACUUCUCCGCUCUAUUUAGAAUCUUUCUUCCCAGUCAACUGCCAUAAUGCAAUACACCUAUGUACAUGUAGGUGCUGGACUGUUGGUUAUUAUUGCCGAGUGGAUUGGAGAAUAAUUUGAAACAAGUUUCUUUGUUUUUACCAUCCCAAAGUUUGCAUUGAAAUUUGUGCUCAAUGUCAGAGUACAAACAAAUGCACCACUCACUUGUAAACCUAUAUACAACAUGCAGGUUGGCAAAACUGACAAACAUUUAGCAUGAAGUCCAGAUUGCAUUUAAGAGCAAAGAAUGUUAGCAGAGAAAUACCUAAAGCUUACUGCCUCUUUAUUGCCCAAUAAUUUCACAUUUAUUUCACACAAAGCGGCACAAAACACGUAGACAUGAUUACAAGUUGUCAUAUUUCAUAUUUAGAGAAAGCUGCAGUUGCCAUGCUAAUAAUAAAGGCGAUGUCAUUUUGUAAACAUCAACAUAUACCCCCUCUUGUGUAUAAAUUACUGUUCAUAUUAUUAUAUUUGGUAAUCAUGGGAUUCUGAUUAUGAAGAAGUAGGCGGCAUGGUGUAGUCUUAUUUUUAUGCCCAGCAAGCAGUAUGUUAUGAAUAAAGAUUGUAAUAAAACUUAUCAAAAUAAGGA